AUGAUGGGGAUCCUGCGUACGAGGGCAUCGUCCUUCCUGUUGGCGUUCCUCGUGGGCUGUCUGCUGCUGGGCGCCGCAGAGGCCUCUCUGGGCGACCGACUGCCCGAGUUUCGAGAAUGCGUUGAUCUUUGCGCCAGGGAGAAUUGCGACCCGAAGAACAACCCGACACACAUCCCUUUGCACCGUCGCCUCCUCUUCUGGACGUGCCCGCAAGAGUGCGACUACACAUGCCAACACAUCAUCACCUCGAGACGAGUCGCGCGCAAUGAGCACAUCACCCAGUUUCACGGCAAGUGGCCCUUCAUCCGGGUCCUCGGCAUGCAGGAGCCCUUCAGCGUGCUCUUUAGCCUGGGCAACAUGGUAGCGCAUCAGAACGGGCUGGCCAAGUUGCGCGCAUCGGUCCCGGCCAACUACCCGCUGCGCCCGUACUACUUCAUGUUUGCCUACUUCGGCAUCACCACCUGGAUCUUCAGCGCCAUCUUCCACGUCCGCGACUUUGCGGCCACGGAGCAGCUGGACUACUUUGCCGCCGGCGCCGGCGUCCUGUACGGCAUGUACUACACCCCCAUCAUAGUCUUCCGCCUCGACAGGCCGACGCCGCGGCGGCGCAGCGUGCUGCGGCUCUGGACCAUCCUGUGCUGCAGCCUCUACGCCAGCCAUGUCAUCUACCUCAAGGCCUGGAAGUGGGAUUACACGUACAACAUGGCGGCAAACGUCAUCGUUGGGCUUACUCAGAACUCGCUGUGGACGUACUUCAGCUGGAGGAAAUACAGGGAGACACAUCGGGUUUGGGCCAUCUGGCCCGGCUGCAUCGUCGCGUGGCUUAUGAUGGUCAUGAGUCUGGAGCUGCUGGACUUCCCACCGCUGUGGGGCGCGCUGGAUGCACAUAGUCUCUGGCACCUCGGUACUAUUGUGCCGACCAUCGUAUGGUACCGCUUCCUGGUCAAGGAUGCCCAAAACGAUAUAGCCAUGUCCACCAGACUCAAGGACAAGGAGGACGAGUAA